AUGAUGCCGGAGCUAGGAAGAAGGCCGAUGCUUAGAGGUAACGAAGAUUCGUCUUUUGGGGAUGAUUACGAGAAGGAGAUUGGAGCUUUGCUCGGAGAGCAGCAGCUACGCCACGGAGAAGCUGAUGAGCUUGAGAGAGAGCUUAACUUGUACAGAAGCGGCUCUGCUCCGCCGACUGUGGACGGUUCCAUGAGUGCCGCCGGAGGGAUUUUCAGCGGCGGAGGUGGAGGUGGGGCUCCUUUUAUGGAGUUUGGUGGGGCCAAUAACGGAAAUGGGUUUGGGUUGGACGAUGAUGAGUUUAGGAAAGAUCCAGCUUACUUGUCUUAUUACUUUGCUAAUAUGAAGCUGAAUCCGAGGUUGCCUCCUCCAUUGAUGUCUAGAGAGGAUAUGAGAGUUGCUCAGAGGGUUAGAGGGAGUAGCACCGUGUUGGGUGGUAUUGGGGAUCGGAGGAAAGUGAAUGAGAGUCGGUCUUUGUUCUCUAUGCCGCCUGGUUUUGAACAGAAUCCGAUGAAGCAGCAGCAGCAGCACGAGUUCGAGCCUGAGCAAACUAAUGCUUCUUCUUCUGAGUGGGAUGCUAAUGGUCUUAUUGGUUUGCCUGAUUUGGGUCUUGGAGGCAAGCAGAAGAGUUUUGCUGAUAUCUUUCAGGCUGACAUGGGGCAUCCCGUUGCACAGCAGCCUUCACGUCCUGCAAGUCGUAAUGCCUUUGAUGAAAAUGUUGACUCCGCUAAAAACCUGUCUCCAUCUGCAUCUCAAGCAAUUGGUGCGCCUUCUUCUUACAGCUACGCAGCUGUUCUUGGUUCUUCGUUGUCUAGAUCCGGUACUCCAGAUGCACAUGCCAUUGCCAGGGUGCCUAGUCCCUGCCUUACUCCCAUUGGAAGUGGGAGAGUAAGUUCAAAUGAUAAGAGGAACACAAGUAAUCAAAGCCCAUUCAACGGUGUUACAUCUGGUCUCAACGAGUCUUCUGACCUUGCCGCUGCUUUAUCUAGCAUGAACCUGUCAGGCACUGACCGGUUAGAUGAACAGGAUCUUGAAAAUGUCAGGAUGUUUGGACUGCAAGUUGGGCAUAACGAAGUCAAUCAUUACGGGUUCCCAAACAAAUCUGAUCAUGCACAUAAGGCAACUGGUUCAUACAGGAACUCACAAUUAAGAGGGCCUGCAUAUAAUAAUGGUGGAGGUGGACUACCUGGUCCGUACCAGCAUCUUGAUAACCCAAACUAUUACCCUUUAAAUCCAUCUGUAGCUUCUAUGAUGGCUAGCCAGCUUGGGAAUAGUAACUACUCUCCAAUGUAUGAUGAUGUUUCUGCGGCAUCCGCUUUAGGCUUUUCUGGAAUGGACUCCAGACUUCAUGGGGGUGGUUUUUCUGGUCAAAAUCUCUCUGAAUCACGUAAUCUUGGGAGGAACGGUAAUCGAAUGAUGGGAGGAGGUGCAGGCCUUCAGUCACAUAUGGCAGACCCAAUGUAUCAUCAGUAUGCUGACUCGCUUGAUCUUCUUAAUGAUCCUCUAAUGGACAGGAGCUUUAUGGGUAAUAAUAAUGGAUAUCUGAAUAUGCUUGAGCUUCAGAGGGCAUAUCUCGGAGCUCAGAAAUCACAGUAUUGCGUGCCUUACAAAUCCGGGAGCCCUAACAGCCAUAGCUAUUAUGGGAGUCCAACGUUUGGGUCUAAUAUGUCAUAUCCUGGUAGCCCUUUGGCUCAUCAUGUCAUGCAAAACCCUCUCAUGGCACCUUGUAGCCCUAUGAGACGAGGUGAAGUUAAUAUGCGAUAUCCCUCUGCAACAAGGAACUAUCCGGGAAUGGGUUAUAUGGAUAGUCAUGGUAGUUUGGAUGAAGGCUUUGGAUCUUCACUGCUUGAAGAGUUUAAGAGUAACAAGACAAGAGGAUUCGAACUUUCUGAGAUAGCUAGUCAUGUUGUAGAGUUCAGUGCGGAUCAAUAUGGGAGCCGGUUUAUUCAGCAGAAGCUCGAGACAGCAACAACUGAUGAGAAAAACAUGGUCUAUGAGGAGAUCAUGCCGGAAGCCCUUGCCCUGAUGACUGAUGUUUUUGGAAACUAUGUUAUUCAGAAGUUCUUUGAGCAUGGACUCCCGGCGCAAAGGAGAGAAUUAGCUGAGAAGCUCUUUAACAAUGUGUUGCCUCUUAGCUUACAGAUGUAUGGCUGUCGAGUCAUCCAAAAGGCAAUUGAGGUGGUUGAUCUAGACCAGAAGAUUAAGAUGGUGAAAGAACUUGAUGGACAUGUGAUGCGAUGCGUACGCGAUCAGAAUGGGAACCAUGUGGUCCAGAAGUGCAUCGAGUGUGUGCCUGAAGAAAACAUCGAAUUCAUUAUUUCGACUUUCUUCGGUCAAGUUGUGACUCUCUCCACUCACCCAUAUGGGUGCCGUGUUAUUCAGAGGGUAUUGGAGCACUGCCAUGACCCGGAUACGCAGAGUAAGGUUAUGGAAGAAAUCCUCUCCACUGUUAGUAUGCUGGCUCAAGAUCAGUAUGGAAACUAUGUUGUUCAGCAUGUACUGGAGCAUGGAAAGCCUGAUGAGCGUACUGUGAUCAUUAAGGAGUUAGCCGGGAAGAUUGUUCAGAUGAGUCAACAAAAGUUUGCAUCAAACGUUGUUGAGAAAUGUUUGACUUUUGGAGGUCAAGAGGAACGGGAGUUGCUUGUGAAUGAGAUGCUGGGCACAACUGAUGAAAACGAGCCUCUUCAGGCGAUGAUGAAGGAUCAGUUUGCAAACUAUGUAGUGCAGAAAGUUCUGGAGACAUGUGAUGACCAACGCCGUGAGCUGAUCCUUACUCGUAUCAAAGUGCAUCUUAAUGCGUUGAAGAAGUACACUUAUGGGAAGCAUAUCGUUGCACGUGUUGAAAAACUUGUUGCUGCUGGAGAGAGGAGGAUGGGUAUGCAGUCGCUAAACCAGCCUCAGGUGGCGUAA